AUGGACAUAAAAAUUGAAGAACAUACUGAGCAGAACUUAAAGACUACUAGAGCUAAUGACAGCGAAAGUGUUCCUCGACGGAGCUUUAGAGACCAUGUAUUACGAUUUGGCUACUCGACAAGCUCCCCUACUAAGCAGCUCUCUCAAGACAAUCCAGUCUUGCCUCCGGCACAGCCAACAUCUCCGGUACUCAAGCGCAAAAGAUCACAAGCAUUGCCGCGAAAGGUGGCCUCCCACCUCGAUCCUGCUGAAAGCUCCAUUCAAGAAGCCAAGAGCGCCACUCCCAAACGCAAAUCAACACCUCGCAGCAGAAAGGCCUCUUCAGCCUCCGCAUCACCCGCCUCUCCUGGCACCCCAAUAAUUUCCAAACUUCACGACACUCUCCGUCCAAACCUCACUCUCGUCCUGAUAGGUCUCAACCCGGGCAUCAUGACUGCCAACACCGGCCACCCAUAUUCCCACCCGUCGAAUGGAUUCUGGAAGAUCCUCUACUCAAGCGGCAUCACACCUAUCCAGCAUCGUCCACAAGACCACCGUCUCCUACCCGACCUCUACGGCAUCGGCAACACCAACAUCUGUGCGCGCCCCUCCCGGUUGGGAAGCGAGCUGACUAAAGCGGAACUCGCCGAAGGUGCCAAGAUCCUAGAUGACAAGAUAGCUACAUAUCGCCCUGAAGCAGCUUGUAUAUCUGGCAAAGGGGUUUGGGAAGCUAUAUGGAUUUACAAGACAGGACGGAAGAAGAUGCCUAAGGAUGGGGAGGGCGCGUUUCAAUAUGGAUGGCAGGACGACAGGCUACGGUUGGGCAGGACAGUGGAUGCGAAAAGUGGAGAGGUGGUUUGGGAAGGGGCGAUGACAUUCGUGGCGCCGAGCACGAGCGGACUGAAUGCAGGGAUGAGACCGGCGGAGAAGGAGGAGGCAUGGAGACCGAUUGGGGAGUGGAUGAGGAAGAAGCGAGAGCAGAGAGGGAUGAAGCUCGAGACCGUAAAGACGGAGCAGAAGAUGACAAAUGGCGUUGCUAUGGCCACCAAGGACCUCGACCCUUUUGUUUGA